CCAGCGGGCGGCGUCCAGAGCACGACCUCCGACCGCAGAACCUUUCCCCCGUUUCCACCCAGAGUGCGGCCUGGACGCUCUCCUGUGGCUCAGGACAUGAGCUCUUUCCUUCCUCUCCCUGGCUGCGUAGGAUUCUGCAGGCUGUUUUUUUAACAUCAGUUGAGGGAGACUGAUGUCUACUGUGAGAAAGGACAUGCAAGGCUCGCACCGCGGCAGGAUGAAGGCGCUUGCGGCGGCCCUGCUUGUCCUGCUGCUGUCCAGGCAGCCAGGACAGGCACAGAACAAGGACAUGGAGGAGGACGAGGAGGACGAGGAGCAGGGGGACGAGGACGAGGACGAGGACGAGGACGAGGAGGACAAGGAGGCCGGCUCGGUGGCAGGCGGCAGGGGCAAAGGACUGCAGUGCUACACCUGCCUUACCCUGAGCCAGGAGGGUCAUUGCAACCAGACGCGCAGCUGCAACCCCACUGAGCCCUUCUGCAAGAUCAUCACCUACGAGUGGGACUUUGGAUCAGGUAUUCCGGCCACUUACUCGCUAUGGUGUGCUGACUCCUGCACACCCGUCACCAAGACGGCGGACGGGACCCUGAUAACCACGACCUGCUGCCAGACCAAUCUGUGCAACAUCCCACCCUGGCAGGGCCAGCCGGGCCGUGGGGCAGGGGGCCCCCAGGGCAGCCCUGGAACUGUGGCCGCCACCUUCCUGCUCAGCCUCCUCCCUGGCCUCAGGGCCAUGGGGCCUUGAAGGCAGCGGCUCCUCCAUCAGCCCGGGUGGGCCAGCUGCUCGCCUUCCCCCGCCCCACCAGCUUAGGAGAAUAAACUCGGAGAGCCCGCACUGGCUCCUCCC